CCCGAUCCGUUAGAGCAAUGUCGUCAAACAGGUCGCUCUCAACAGACUUCAAAAGGCUGAAACAUAACAUUGCGACGAAAGCAAGUCGAAAAAAACUAAAUGACUAUCUCAUGAUGCUUCUUCAACUGGUGUCAAGUGACGAGGUAGAAAUUGUUCCUGUUCGUUCCAAAGUUCGAGUUCUUCAGGAAAUUAUUUAUCGGGUACAGAAGCUUCAAGGCCGAGUGCAGCUAUUAGAAACCAGAUUGUUGUUAUCGGAUAUUGAACGUUUCGAGAAAUGGUUGAAUGAAAUGCUUUCUUCCCAAGAUUUCCGAUUUUUACCUAUGUUGACUAGAGUUUGCGAAACAGUUUCACAGUUAUCCGCUUGGAAGAUUGCCGAAAUUUGGUAUGCCGAUACGUCGCUUAUCGGGAAAGACGAAUUGUGUGAGAAAUCAGAAGAGAUCAUUCUUAAGCUUGCAAACUCGUUUGCCACGAAAGAGAACGGUCUUGGUGAGUUGCAACUCAUAAGAGGAUUCUUAGCAUCCAGUCAAGAGUACCACUUCCCUCCAAACUCUGGUUUACCUGGAAAAGUCUACAGCAACGAAACACCUCUUUGGCUUAACCAUCUUGCUACGAAUCCUAUAUUCCUCCGAGCAAAGUUGGCACGGAAGUUUGGUGUUUGUUCAGCUGUCGGAGUGCCCUUCACAUUGUUUGGUCGAAUUCAAGCUGUAUUGGUUUUUCUGGACUACGUUCCACGGGAAGAAGAUCCUAAGGUAACGGAGCGCCUUUCAGUUUUAUUUGAAAGAGUAUCUCGUCAAUUGGAAAUUAGACUCGAAAGAAAGCACAGUCUCGUUGUGCCACCAAUCCGUUCAGGAACUAUUUCUACUUGCGAGUCCUGACAUACUUGUACAAAGUUAUAUCUUUCUUAUGAUGUCGAGCUAUUCUACUUGACAGAAAUAAUAUGUUUAUAAAAGGGUUGGUUAAACUGUACUGACUUCUCUUUCGUUCCACUUUGAACUGGAAUCCCAAAAAAACUACGGAGAUCGUCGUUUGUAUGACCAGUUAUUCCUGAAAAGAGCUUGACGGUCAAAGCCAAGUAUUCCUAAACUCUCUGCUUAACUUUGAGGCGAAAGAAACCUUUCGUUUUCUGACAACCUGCUUGAACUGUUGGCUUUGAACCACUCAGUUGGCUCGAAAGUACUGAAGCGUUUUGACAUCCGAGAAGAUGAAGCGUUCGUUGUGAGUGGAAACUUUAAAUGAGUUACUGUAGCCCUAAAUAAACCCUAUGCACGAUAAUAUACUCGUUUUCUGUUGUAUAUCUAUGACUGACUUUGUGAGAGUUCUCUUCUUGCAAAGACCAUAGUCUAUCGGUAAAUUCCCAAAGAACUGGUACUCUUGGGAAGUUCCAUUUGUAGUUUCUAGGCUUGUUCUGCCUGUCA